CAGGGAAGUAGGCAGGGCACUCAAAUGCGCACCACCAACCCGAGCUGUUAUCACUGUGAGUGUGCAUAAAGUCUGCAUCCCGUCGUCGGCUUUGGUCGGGGUUUAACGUGCCAGGUUAUCGUCUUGUUAACAUUUAAAAAAGAGGAAAAAUGAGCAGCAUUCCCCUUUCUCGCUCUGAGGUGUUCGGGGAGCUGAGGAAGGAACUACAUGAAGAUCAAGAGUUCCAUGCAACAGAUGCUCACAUCUUCAUCAUCAUGGGAGCAUCGGGAGAUUUGGCUAAGAAGAAAAUCUACCCGACUCUCUGGUGGUUGUUCAGAGACGGCCUCCUCCCCGAACAGACGUAUUUUGUGGGCUUUGCUCGCUCUGACUUAACAGUCGAUGCGAUUCGAGCUGCUUGCAUGCCAUACCUGAAGGUGACGGAUACAGAAGCAGAGCGGUUGUCAACCUUCUUCAGCAGAAACACGUACAUCAGUGGGAAAUAUGCUGACGAGGCAUCCUUCUCCAAACUCCACAAACACAUCCUCUCGCUGCCUGGAGGUACUGAGGCAAACCGCCUCUUCUACCUGGCGUUGCCACCUACCGUCUACCACGAUGUUACCAAGAACAUAAAGCUCUGCUGUAUGAGCACAAAAGGCUGGAACAGAGUGAUUGUAGAGAAGCCAUUUGGACAUGACCUUCAGAGCUCUGAAGAGCUGUCCACCCACCUCUCCACCCUCUUCACUGAGGAACAAAUCUACCGAAUCGACCACUAUCUGGGUAAAGAGAUGGUGCAGAACCUCAUGGUGCUUAGGUUUGGAAACCGUAUCUUUGGGCCAAUCUGGAACAGAGAUAGUGUGGCCUGUGUUACCCUCACCUUUAAAGAACCAUUCGGCACUCAGGGACGAGGGGGAUACUUUGAUGAUUUUGGCAUCAUCCGCGAUGUCAUGCAAAACCACCUGCUCCAGAUGCUCUGUCUGGUUGCCAUGGAGAAACCAGCAUCAACCAGCUCAGAUGAUGUUAGAGAUGAAAAGGUUAAAGUACUGAAGUGCAUUGCUCCAGUGGUGAUGUCCGACGUGGUGCUGGGUCAGUAUGUAGGGGAUCCAGAGGGUGAGGGGGAUGCCAAACUGGGUUAUCUUGAUGAUCCUACAGUUCCUAAAGGAUCAACUCAGGCCACCUUCACCACAGCUGUGCUCUAUGUUCACAACGAGCGCUGGGAUGGUGUUCCUUUCAUCCUUCGCUGUGGAAAAGCUCUGAACGAGAGAAAAGCUGAGGUGCGGUUGCAGUUCACAGACGUCCCAGGGGACAUUUUUGGGAGCAUGUGUCGCAGGAAUGAGCUGGUGGUGCGCGUGCAGCCAAACGAGGCAGUCUACGCCAAGAUGAUGAGCAAGAAGCCCGGCGUCUACUUCUGCCCUGAAGAAACUGAGCUGGACCUCACCUAUAAGAGCAGAUACAAGGAUGUGAAGCUCCCAGACGCUUACGAGCGCCUCAUCCUUGAUGUCUUCUGUGGCAACCAGAUGCACUUUGUACGCAGUGAUGAACUAAGGGAAGCAUGGAGGAUCUUCACGCCUCUUCUCCAUCAGAUAGACAGAGAGAAGCCAAAACCCAUCCCUUACAAAUACGGAAGCCGAGGCCCAACAGAGGCAGAUGACCUCGCCAAGAGGGUUGGAUUCCGCUAUGAAGGCACUUAUAAAUGGGUCAACCCUCACAGACUGUGAACUGUGAUAAAAACAGAUGAGGGAGGAGUAGAGGUAGGAGAGUAGGAAGAUCUGCAGAAGGGGAAGUGAGUUGUGUCAUGUUCCAACACUGAGAUGUCUUUAAGGAGAGAACCGUUUCCACCGUGUGGAUCCUUGAGGCAGCAGGAAGGAUGUGAAAAGUUAUUUGAAGAAAAAGAAAAGAGUCUUUCUCAGGUAAAGCAGGUAUUCCUUGGAGCCAUUUCAUCAGACAUUGAAGGGAGCAUUAUUGUUGUGUGCUUGAAUCAUGGGCCAACGCUAUUUUUUUUUCUAUUUUCAUAAACUCAUACAUUCCAAGCAGCUUUCCAUGUUUUAUUUUACCGUUGGGACCAGGUCAGUUGUAGAGGGAACAUAAAAUCCGAACCAGGAUGCUUCUUUGUCUGAUAAUCUGGCUCCAAGUAGGCAUGAAUUAGGUCUUAAUUUGUCAGGAUGGAGAAUGGAAAUAAAAAUUGUGACAAGAACAGAGCAGAACAAUAAAACACCCAGCUGUCAUCCUCACCCAGUGUUAGUGCUGUACCAAAGACAGUCAGUGAAUGCACCAGAGAGGAGGAGGAACACAGGACUGAUUGUUCACCAAUUUUCACUCUUUUGAUUGUAGCACCAUUAUGCUUUAACGCCAUUUAUUAAUCACACUUCUGUAUUUUAAACUUGCAUAUCGUCUUUGCCUCCUCUGUCUGGGACCAACAGGUCAUAGCUGUCUGAUAAAUGAACUGUGGUUUACAAAGAGCGAUGAAGGCAGUUUCUCUUCAAAGCAUUCAUUCUGAGAUAGUCUUAAGUGUCCUUCUGGACUAGCAAAACAAGCUCUCUGUCUUGUUUAGUAGCCUCCCUUUGAGCUCUGUUCCCUUUUUGUUUACAUUAUUUUUCAAGUUUAUUUAAGUUACUGAUAUUCAUCUUAUAUUUUCAUAAUCCUCAAACAGUAGCGGCGUCCAUCACUAAUCAGUGAAUGUCUUUAUAAUGACGUACUGUAUGUAUACUGCGUUUAACUUCUCUCACAUUUAAAACUAGCUCCAUUUACACAUCUUGUAAUAAAAUAGUUUUACUUCU